CCUCACUUCACUGAGCCUUGCAAGCAACGCUGCGUGGAGUAGAUGAAUGUCGCAUCCUAAUCCCAUUAUUGUCCGUCCGAUCAAAAUCCAACGAUCAUCAAGCUAAGCUGGGCUCCACCGCAGUCGCAUCUUCCCCAUCACAUCGCCACCAAUGAGCUGAGAAUGAAAGAUAGAAUCUCGCGGGCAAACCUGCGAGCAACCCGCAGCUCGAUUCUCGGAAGCUACUUAAACCGCGCGGCUCAAAAAUCAUUUUUCGCAUCGCUGCGGAUUUCAAUACGACUGUGUGUAGCUGCUGAUGAGAUGGGCGGUGAUGGAAAAAUGGGGUUUGCGCGUGUUUGUGCUGUCGCUCUGUUUUGUUCUCUAAUACUGAUGUCCAAUUUUUGCGGAAGCUGUGCUUAUGGAUUGGAGGAUAACCAGACAGCGGUCUUGUUGGUGAAUGCUUCCUCGCAUUCUGGCAUGAGGAUUUCAGAUACUUUGUUUGGUGUCUUUUUUGAGGAGAUCAAUCAUGCAGGAGCUGGGGGGCUUUGGGCAGAACUUGUGAGUAAUAGAGGCUUUGAAGCUGGGGGCCCUAAUACUCCUUCGAACAUUGACCCGUGGUCUAUCAUUGGGAAUGACUCUACAGUCUUUGUGACAACUGAUCGAACAUCUUGUUUUGAGCGUAAUAAGGUGGCCCUUCGUAUGGAAGUCCUGUGUGACAAUGUGGGAUCUAUUAUUUGUCCGGAAGGUGGUGUUGGCAUUUAUAACCCUGGAUAUUGGGGAAUGAAUAUAGAAGAUGGAAAAGAGUAUAAGAUUAUCCUUCAUGUAAGAACAGCAGCAGAAAUGAAAUUGUCAGUUUCACUGACAAGCACUGACGGGUCGCAGACUCUCGCUUCCUCUAUUAUAACGACAGCUGAACGGGAUAUAUCUAAUUGGACAAAAGUUGAACUAUUAUUUACUGCCAAAGGAUCAAAUGCUCAGUCCAGGCUUCAAUUGACUACUUCUAAUAAAGGAAUAAUUUGGCUUGAUCAGAUAUCAGUUAUGCCUGUUGACACUUACAAAGGACAUGGCUUUAGGAAGGAACUUUUUGCCUUGGUGGCAGACCUAAAACCUCGAUUCUUAAGAUUUCCAGGUGGCUGCUUUGUGGAAGGUGAAUGGCUCAGAAAUGCAUUCAGGUGGAAAGAAACCUUGGUUCCCUGGGAGGAAAGGUCUGGCCACUUUGGCGAUGUCUGGAUGUAUUGGACCGAUGAAGGGCUUGGAUACUACGAGUUUCUUCAACUUGCAGAAGACCUGGGUGCUUCGCCUGUGUGGGUGGUCAACAAUGGGGUUAGCCACAACGAUCAAGUUGCUACUCCAAACAUCUUAGCUUUUGUUCAGGAUACACUUGAUAGUAUUGAGUUUGCAAGGGGUUCUCCCAACUCAACAUGGGGCUCACGUCGAACUGCAAUGGGACAUCCAGAACCUUUUGAACUGAAAUAUGUGGCAGUUGGUAAUGAAGACUGCGGGAAAAAAAAUUACCUAGGAAACUACCUGAAAUUCUACUAUGCCAUCAAAGCUGCUUAUCCAGAUAUUAAAAUCAUUACCAACUGUGAUGGCUCAUCGACUCCAUUAGACCAUCCUGCUGAUAUGUAUGAUUUCCAUAUUUACACGUCCUCAAACAAUUUGUUUUCAAUGUCAAAGCAAUUUGAUCACACAUGUCGCUCUGGCCCCAAGGCUUUUGUUAGUGAGUAUGCUGUGACUGGAUCUGAUGCCGGCAAAGGAAGCCUUCUAGCUGCUUUGGGUGAAGCUGGAUUCCUUAUUGGACUGGAAAGGAACAGCGAUGUUGUUGAAAUGGCAAGUUAUGCUCCUCUUUUCGUCAAUGUCAAUGAUCGGCGGUGGAAUCCAGAUGCUAUAGUCUUUAAUUCAUGGCAGCAGUAUGGAACACCAAGUUAUUGGGUGCAACAGAUUUUCAAGGAAUCGAGUGGAGCAAUUUACUAUCCCUCCACAAUCCAAGCUGAUUCUUCAGGUUCUUUGAUUUCUUCUGCAAUUCUUUGGGAGAACUUGGAAGAAAAUAUUAAAAUCAUAAAAAUAAAGAUUGUUAACUUCGGGAGCAACCCGGUGAAUUUUAAGAUCUCUAUAACUGGAUUGCAAGGAACAAUCAAUUCGUCCCAAUCAUCAAUAACAGUACUUACCUCCAGCAAUGUGAUGGAUGAGAAUUCUUUCGAUGUACCUAAUAAGGUAUUUCCAGUAGAGAAUUUUUUGCCAAAUGCAGGAACAGAAAUGAAUAUUGUGAUUUCUCCGCAUUCAUUGACUUCAAUCAAUUUACCACUUGGCCCAACAACUUACAUUUCUGCAAUUUAGAAUAAGAAUGGGAGCAGAAAAAUAAGAAAAGACAUUGUUGUGAAAUGCAGAAGGUUGCAUUGUAUUGUAUGUGAUCAUCUUUGCACUACGUAAUUAUCAAUAAGUUCUGGUAAUUAUUUAUAUUGAUGCU